GAGAAAAAUAUGAAAAAACGGAGAAAGCUAAGUCGUCGCCGGAGAAGGAAGAAGCUCCGAGAGACAGGAGAGGAAGAAGAUGAAGCUGACAUGGAACAAGAAGAACCUGCAGAGCGCCAAGAAGCGGCCUUUGGCUGCCGUUUCUCGCUACCCGAACCUCCCCUUCGACCAGCAAGGCGACGGCGCAGCUGAUACCGCCGAGGCGGCGGGUGGCGAGCGCAAAGACGACGAAGUUCCUGAGAAUCAAGAACAAAUAGCAAAAACGAUGGCUUCCGAACAUGACCCUCCUUCCGGUUCUGAUUCUGACCGCGAAAGAUUAGCUCAAUCGUUUCAGGCACAGGGCGACAAGCUCGCAGAGGACGGGAAGUAUCGGGAAGCUCUCGGGAAGUGGGAGGCUGCUCUCACUUUGAUGCCCGAAAACAAGGUCUUGCACGAGCAGAAGGCGCAGGUGUUGCUCGAGUUAGGAGAUGCGUGGAGCGCACUGAAGGCAGCAACUCGAGCUACUGAGCUGGAUCCAUCGUGGGCUGAGGCUUGGCUCACCCUGGGAAGAGCGCAGUUGAACUUUGGGGAGCCUGAUAGUGCUAUUCAGAGUUUUGACAGAGCAUUGGCAAUCAAGCCUGCAUUUCGGGAGUCUCAAGAUGACAGGAGAGCUGCAUUGAAUCUCGUGAAGAGGAGAAAGCAGCUUCAUUUGUCGGGCUUCAGUACUAAAGAGUCUCGUUUUGUGGUUAAUGAUAAAGUCGAAAUCCCUGACAAUGCUUUUCAUGAAUAAUGACGAAUAUUGAGGUACGCAACUUCUCAAGUUCUGAAGUGCUAUGUGAAAGAGUUGGAUUACGGCCAUAAGAGGAUGUACCCUGUAGAGCCUUUUCACUCUUGGACUAUAGAUCAAAAUAAGGUGUGAAAAUGUAUCAGGUCUUGGAGAUUUUGUGUAAAAUUUAGACGGCUUUUGUGGAAGAAAGGGAUACUGGACCCUUUGUGUUAAGUACUGUUAAUGAGUACCAAUUGAAAUCAUGCUUGUGUAAAUCUUUCUUUGUUCGUUAA